AUGUCAGAAGAGUUCCUGCAGGCUCACAAUGAAUACCGUGGGCAGCAUGGAGCACCACCUCUUACACUGAAUCCCAAUCUAAAUCAUUCUGCUCAGGCAUGGGCUGAGAACUUGCUAUCGAUCAGAACCCUAAAACAUAGCAAUACCACCCAUGGAGAGAACCUGUACUAUAAAUACAGCUCACCACCCAAAAAAAUUACAGGGCGUGUAGCGGUGGACAACUGGUACAAUGAAAUUAAGAAAUAUGACUUCAAGAAACCAGGAUUCAGCUCUGGAAUAGGCCACUUCACACAGGUAGUAUGGAAGGACUCUAAGGAGCUGGGUGUCGGGGUGGCUACAGAUGGGACUACAACCUUUGUGGUGGGCCACUAUUCACCAGCAGGCAAUAUCAACAAUCCUGGCUACUUUGAGAAGAAUGUCCUACCUGUCCAUUAAUAUGUAUUAUUGCAUAAAUAAUUAACACAAAAUAAACAUUCCUGGGCAAGUCUUGAUUUCUGCAUGAUUUCCUCAUAAAAUAUUAGUUAAUCUUCAUGUAAUCUUAAAAAUACAUUUAACAAAUAACAUCCACGACAUGUUACAUUGCUAGGUUUGUAUUAAUCAAAUUGUUUAAUCAAUGUCUCUGGUGGAAA